AGAGCAUCUGGCAAGGUGAUUAAAAGUAAAGACUUAAGGGGAAGCUCCUGAGUCAGGAGAAUUCAGAGACAGCAGUCAUGAUGUGUAGAACUUUGAGAGGAUAAUUUGCUCCUUUAAUUUCAUACUGUGCAAUAUUUGUUCUGGGCUUAUGUGAUCUUUACAUUAGUGGUGAAAUAUAUUGGACAGACACGUGAGAGAAAUUUUCCACCCUUCUGAAAAAUAUACAAAUUAAAAGAGAAUUUCUGUAGCUAUUUAGUUAAAGAGGUAGUCACAAACAGGCUCAUCCACAGAAUCUUCCGAGCCGGUUGUUGGAGGUGUUUUGUUUGCUUGUGUUUUGAUGAAGAGUGAGUGUCCUGUCUUUGAUUUUCUGUGUGCAUGUGCAGGCGUUACUAUCAAAAAGUUGGAUUUUGAAAGUGGUAGUGGUUUACAGAAUGUUUUUCACUGUGGGAGCCGAGCAGGGUAGUCGAGCCAGGCUUUGUGGUUAAGAAAAUUGAAGGAAAGCUGUGAGAAGAAGGAGUAUGAGGUAGGAAUGAGAGGAGGAGAUGAAAAUUCAAGCCGUCGUAUCAUAGCAGAGUUGGCAAUCAAUGGUUUGUUUCUCCAGGAGCUUAAAACAUCAGCUAGAACAGACGAAAUGAGCAGACACCCAGUGAUGCUUCAGGCUGAGUCUCACAAGCUUGGUUAUGGGUAGGACACGAGCCGAUAACAUAUUCCAUGUACGCUUGAGGGGAUUCCCACUGGGGAUAUGUGUUUAUGCAGAGUGAUCCUGAACAAGUAUUACUAAAGAAAUUCACUAUUUUAGUUCAUGGAAAUAAGAGUCACAGUUGAGGACCAACGGAACAAACCAGUGACUUUGGUGUACAUCUAACCAGAAUGAAAAAGUUGAGAAGUAAAGGGAGGAGCAAAGGUAGUGACUAUAGUGUACAGGAAACAUAAAGAGGCCAGAAAGAAUAGUAAUAUACAGAAAACUCCCUUUCUAUCCAAAAAUGAAAUAGCAUGGAAGGGAGGAGGGAGUCAGGUAGGUCUAAAAGUGGUAAAACGCUGUGUUAACAGAAGGGAGUCAUGCCAUCUAGGAAGGAAUCAUGACAUAAAAGCUUUAUAACUUUAGAAACGAGGAAUUUAAAAACAUUUCAUUUUCUGCUUAAGCAAGCAAUGGCUUAAGGGGGAAAAUAAAUGUAGAGUAGAAUUAGUGAGAGAAGCAACUAAAGGGUAUGAGCUAUAUAAGCAAGGCUAAGCUUUGAAAGGAUUGAAAAAGAGACCGAGAUGGAUAGAGACACAGAGAGACAGAGAUGGAGGAGAGACAGAAGAGUGUGCUGAAGAAGAGGUUGGAACCCAUCACUGUGAGAGAGUCUUCUCCCGGCAGCAGCAGUGACAAUGCAGUUUAUAAGCCACCAGUUCCCAGAUUAUCAUGACCCCACGAUUGAAGAUGCUUACAAAACCCAGGUAAGGAUCGACAAUGAGCCUGCUUACUUGGACAUCUUGGACACUGCUGGUCAGGCAGAGUUCACGGCCAUGCGGGAGCAGUACAUGCGUGGGGGUGAGGGUUUCAUCAUCUGCUACUCUGUCACUGACCGCCAGUCAUUCCAGGAGGCCGCCAAGUUCAAGGAGCUGAUUUUCCAGGUCCGUCACACCUAUGAAAUCCCCCUUGUGCUGGUGGGUAACAAAAUUGACCUGGAGCAGUUCCGCCAGGUCUCUACAGAAGAAGGCAUGAAUCUUGCUCGAGAAUACAACUGUGCCUUCUUUGAGACCUCUGCAGCCCUCCGAUUCGGUAUUGAUGAUGCUUUUCAAGGCUUAGUGAGAGAAAUUCGCAGGAAGGAAUCCAUGCCGUCCUUGAUAGAAAAGAAAUUAAAGAGGAAGGACAGCCUGUGGAAGAAGAUAAAAGGCUCGCUGAAGAAGAAAAGAGAAAACAUGACAUGAUACUCUGCUUCUUGGUCCUUCCUUCCCAUCUCUGGAUUUUUAUCAAAUCUCAUAUUCUCUCUCUCUCUCUCUCUCUCUCUCUCUCUCUCUCUCUCUCUCUCUCUCUCUCUCUCUCUCUCUCUCUCUCUCCCCAUAUCUACCUGCAGGCAAAAAUUAGACUUGUAUAACUGUGUGUAUUAGAUAGUUUUAUUUUGUCUUUAACAGCUGCAUAGAUUUUGCCAAUCAGCUGGAUAAAGCUAUUUAGAUUUUACAACAUAUUACCAAAUAAAAUUAACAUUCCAAUUGCCUCAUUUUUCCUGUAAAGAGUGGCUUCAUUUCGUAUGCUGUCUGGCUAUAAAGAAAAUAUGCAAACUUGUAGCUGGGAUGAUAAAAGGCUUAGGGAAUCUGCUUUUGCCUGAUAACUCUGGUUGUUUGCAUUUCAGAAAUCUGUAAAUAAUGGAGAGGCUGGACGAGUUCAAAGCAAAAGACCAAGUCCUAGUCUUCUCUUAAGUGGUAUUUCGUCUUGAGUCCUUUAUAGAUGACCGUUAGAGAAAUUACUGAUAAUAUAAACUGAUGGCUCAUUAAAGGUCAAAAAUUACAUGUGCCCAUAUUCACAGUGCUCAGGUUGCCAUACACAUUUAAAGAAUCAUCACAGAGAAUUUACUAUGAUGGAAAACAUGUGGGAAGACAAGAGUACUAUGAACUUGGUGAUACAUAUGUCCACAAAAGGAACCUUCAGCCCUCUCAAUGAAUUCCUCACAGGAUUGCCUCACCUGCGUAGUUGCCAUCUGUCUUCAGGGAUGUGACCUCUGCAAGCUGAAUGUUCUAUUCCUAUUAUUAAAUUCCCUGUCUCAUUUUCCAUGAAAUGCAUUGAGAAGCUAUCAUCGGAAGUGGUGUUGUUAUUUGUCUUACAAUGGUUCGUUGUGUAAAAUAAAAUCUCCUAUUUACCCAUUU